CAAAUGUUCAUAAAUGGCGGCCUUAGCGACUCGACAAAGUUCUGCGGACAGAAAAUUUUACUUGCCAGCAAAACCCCCCAAUCCAGUAAAAGUUAAUCUGGAGUAUGCUUACGCUCUCAAAAACGCCCCUUACAAGGCACUAAAGAGUGAAACAUGCGAGGGAAGGGAAAAGUUAAUAUCUGGUAAUAGGGAACGUCUAUUAACUGGAUUAUCCAAUAGAUGGCGUAUUCCUAAUUCACUGGGAGGAGAUCUGUUAGGUUCGUCCCAAGCUGUUCGAGCAACUUCAGUAAGAUGGAGUGAAUCUGUUAAAAAUCAUAUAACGUCAGAAAACUGCAGAAAAUCACUACCAGAUUGGAAAGUCAGCUAUAAAUUCAGACAAAACGAUGAUAGGCCUUUAACAACAUCAAAUUUAGACGAUCUUCGAAGAAGUUACGAUCAAACAACCACUAGACCAGUAACUGCUCCUUCCAAUUGGUCAAACUCAAUGGAUUAUGAAAAACCUAAAUCUUAUUACUAUGACGCUCGAGACGCUUUGUCAUUCUUCAAAAAGAGAAUUCCGUGCCUUCCAAAACCAGAUAUUAUUCUCCACUCCUUCGGAUAUAGCUGGAAAUUACAUAGAAAUGUUAUUAUAUCAUCAAAUGUCCUUAGUGAAUUGUUUAAUGAAGCCAUACUACAAUCUGAAAGAGACUCUUUGAGCAGACCUGCAAGUAGACUCAGUCUUAAUAUAAAGCAAAAUACACAGAUAUCAUCUAAAGAAAUUACUAUUAGUUUAAAUGUUAAUGAUAGUCAUGUUUCCCCGAGGACUUUUGCCAUUGCUCUUGGUCAUCUGUAUACUCUUCACUUUCUUGAUGUCAUUCCAAAAGUAGAUGUAGCUGGAGUUUUAUCAGCAGCUUGCUAUUUAAAAUUUAACGUUCUAAUUCAAAGACUAUCACAAUUGGUGAACCAGAAUGCUUAUUCCAAGAAUAUUAUGGAUAUUUACGAAGUAUCUGUAAAGUACUGUUUGAAAGAUGUCACAGAAUUUUGUAUAAACUGGUUGAAAUUGAAUCUUAUUCCUAAGUUAUCGAAUGAUGUCAGUCUUCGAAGAAUGCCUCCAGAAAUAUUAGAGUCUCUUCUCAAAUCGCAUUGGACUUUUACAUACUCCGAAUAUAAAGUAUUCUGCACAAUGAUACUUUGGCUAUAUUUACAAAUAAAUCAAGAUAUUCAAGUUCUUCCAUCAAUGUCAGACUUAAAAGCAUUCUAUAAUAGUUUUCGAAAGGACAAGAGUAUAUUUGAAGUUGGCAAGAUAAAAAAAUAUGGAAAUUUAUUAAAAUCUAUAAGAUUACUCGGAAUUACUGAUUUUGAGAAUUUACAUGAUAUACAAAGCAUGAAUGUGGUACCUAGCAAUAUAAUGAUGACAAUCCUUCAAAAACAUCAUCGAUCGGUCAAUUCUGGAGGAGAUAUGGACGUUUUAAAUGAAUUUGAGCAGCAAGCCGUAAGAUUUGGUUUCAUUAUAGAAAAACCACCAUUCUACGAAUCUCAAGUUAUCGAAAUGUUUGGAUUCUAUUUCGAUCUCAAGGCAGAGGAAACUGAUCAAGGCGGAACAUUUACUUUCAGUAUUAGACGUCUACGUCCCUUAGAUCCUAGUUUAUCAAUAUUACAGUGCGAAAGGCACACUGUCUCAAUGAGAAAUGAUAGGAAUGUAUUUUACAGUAUUACUGUACAAUAUUUCAAUCAAGAAGGGCGUUUACAAUUACAUACAACGGGAAUAAGAGCUCAAAGAUUUGGAUUACAAUUAGAAGCGUCUCUGGGAGAGGUAACUAAAUCCUUACGACAACUACUUUGCUAA